UCUCAAAUGCACCAAACACUGCACGUGAAUGUAACAACUCUGUUGGUUUGGUUUGGCUUGGCUUGGCUUGGAUCAAUUCGCAAAAACUUGUUUUUAUAGUUGUAGAUAUACAACUAUAUUUUUUGUAAUUUAUUGUUGUUCAAAGGACAACGCCUGUUAGGUCUGAAGGAGUGGUUAAAGACGGGACACUGCCAUGGCUUCUUUAGGUCAACAAGGAGGCGAAGACAGCGAUGAUGGAAUGGACGCGUUCAUGGAUAAAUUUAAAACCCAAAAAUAUAAAAAUGGGUUUAACGAAAGCACUUGGGAAGAGGAGUUUGACAAGAUUCCCAUGUUCAUGAAGAAAGCUCCGGCGGAUAUUGACCCCGCCUCACACCCAGAUCUGGCAUGCAUUCAGUCCAUUAUUCAUGACGAUGAUCGGACCCCUGAGGAAAAGGCCCAGAGGCUCAAGGCUGAGGGCAACGAGUACUUCAAGGAGAAGAACUAUAAGAGGGCCAUUGUGUCCUACUCCGAGGGACUGAAGAUAAACUGCACUGACUCCGAGCUCCACGUCGUCCUGUACACCAACAGAGCUGCAGCACACUUCCAUCUGGGCAACAUGCGUUCUGCUUUGAAUGACGCUGUUUCAGCCAAGAAACUCAAGCCAAACCACCUCAAGGCUCUGCUGAGAGGUGCCCAGUGUUGCAUGCAGCUGCGUAACUAUGGCGACGCUCUGCAGUGGUGCGACGAGGGUCUGAGUGUUGACCCUACAGAUAAGAAACUACAGGAACUGCGCAGAACCGCCGACAAACAGAAGAGGGAAGCAGAGAGAGACGCCAGGAAAGCCAUGCUGAAAGAAAAGAAGCAGCGUGAGCAGACGGAAGCUCUGCUGGCCGCCAUUAAGGAGCGCGGAGUGAAACUGUUGAGAGUCCAGAAGCCCGCCAGACGAGCCUCGGGCAGCGAGGAUGAGGAGGAGGGUGACGAAGGCCGAGUGGCUGCUGGCGUGGCGGAGCUUGUCCUGGACAGGCUGGUGUCCAAGGAGGCAACGGGGGAGCGCGUCUUCCUGGACGAGAACGGCGCCCUCCACUGGCCAGUGCUGUUCCUGUACCCGGAACAUCGCCAGACAGACUUCAUCUCGGCCUUCUGUGAGACGUCGAAUUUCCUGGAUCACCUGGUGGUCAUGUUUGGAGAAGAACUUCCUGCUUGGGACACAGACAGGAAGUACCUCUUCCAAAACCUUCAGCUGUUCUUUGAGGAGGCUGAAAGUGAGCAGUUCCAUCAGGUGGCCAUGACGACGCCGCUCCUCAAAGUCCUACAGCACAGCAGGUAUACAGUCAAGGACGGUACGCCCUGCUUCAUCGUCAUGGUGACCGGGUCACCAUUCAGCAAGCAGUUCCUGUCUGGGAAGAAAGUCUAUUGGCUGAAGUGAUGACGUAACCUCAGAGGGACAUUUGAUAGACAGUGGGGCCUUCCAGUAGUACCAAUGAGAGACCGCGCUGUGCAUGGCCCGCCCACUUACAGUGUGUUCAAUGCAGAAAAGAAGGAGAGACUGACUGACUGACUGACUGACUGACUGACUGACUGACUGACUGACUGACUGACUGACUGACUGACUGAUUUACUGACUGACUGACUAAUUUACAGACUGACUGAUUUACAGACUGACUGAUUUACAGACUGACUGAUUUACAGACUGACUGAUUUACAGACUGACUGAUUUACUGACUGAGUGAUUUACUGACUGAGUGAUUUACUGACUGGCUGACUGACUGACUGGCUGACUGGCUGACUGACUGGCUGGCUGACUGGCUGGCUGACUGGCUGGCUGACUGACUGACUGACUGACAGCUAAAGCAUCAGAAUUGGCAGUGGCAGCGUCGGCUGAGUGAGUGGGUCAAACAUGCUGCUGAUGUCAGAGGACUCAAGAUGGGGUCUGGCUCUCGAGCGAGCGCCUGUCGUCUGUGUCCUGGGCUGAUACGUAAUAUAAAUGUUAAUCAUUAUCACUGUGUCAACAUUAAAUAAAUGUGCUCAUGCGAUGGAUCCUGUUCCUUUGCUUCUGAUUGGCUGAGCUGCGUUCACGGCUGUGGUAAACCACACCUGUGGUCAGAGUACUCUGACUCGCUCACUGCUUCCCGUUGCUUGGCUACCGUAUGUCUCGGAAGAACUACAUUACUCUGCAUAUGAGUGGUCAUUUUAUAUUGGUAAAUGAUUGAUCGUUUAUGUUGCUGUGUAUUUAUUUUAUGAAUAGCUUGCCAGGUAGGCUCUAUCUUUGAAGAGCAAUAAGCUCUGAGAGGCACCUUGUCUAUUCCAGAAAGCUCUGUAAACCUGGUGCUCUUGGGGCUUGCUGCUUAAAGAGACAGUGUGUAUUAAAUAUGAAUUUGUAAAACUGAAGCACCCAAUAUUAAAGCCUGUCGCUUCACUA